AAUCACUUCAAAACAAGAGGUGCUGGCAGGAUGCUGGUCUCCCUGCUCUUCCCCCAAGCGCAACGACCCCUUCGAUGCCUUGUCUGGGACUUGCACCGUGUCAGAUGGGGGUUGUGUGGACAGAAGAAGACUGGUUGUCACCACCACAGGGCUCUGCAAACCGCACGGGCAGCCUGCAGCAGUGAUGUUACCCCUGUCUUCACUAGGGCUUUAGCUUUUGGGGAUAAAAUUGCCAUCAUUGACCAGAAUGGUGAGCACACUUACAGAGACCUUCUCAGACAGAGUCUACGCUUGUCCCAGGAGAUCUGUAGAGCUCUGGAAUGUUCCAGCAGGGACUUGAAGGAAGAGAGGAUCUCAUUUUUGUGUCCUAACGAUGCCUCGUAUGUGGUGGCCCAGUGGGCAUCCUGGAUGAGUGGGGGCAUAGCAGUGCCCCUUUACAAGAAACACCCCGUGCAGGAGCUGGAGUACGUGAUUCAGGAUUCACAGAGCGCUCUAGUCAUCGCAGCAGAGGAGUACGUGGGGAAAAUAUCCCCUAGUGCUGAGAAGCUGGGAGUCCCUGUUCUACCACUUCUUAGGUCUCAUAGUGAUGGAUCCACAAGUCCUACAGCGGUGGAAGAGGGUCCCUUGACGACCUGCUCCUCAUGGAAAGACAGAGGAGCCAUGAUAAUCUACACUAGUGGGACGACGGGAAGACCAAAAGGUGUCCUCAGCACCCAUGAGAACGUGCAAGCUGUGACCACAGGGCUAGUUGAAAAAUGGGAGUGGAAGAAGGAGGAUGUUAUUCUGCACGUGCUGCCUUUACAUCAUGUCCACGGGGUGAUCAAUAAGCUCCUCUGUCCUCUCUGGGUGGGAGCGACAUGCAUCAUGUUACCCGAAUUCAGCGCGCAGAUGGUCUGGAAGAAGUUCCUAAGCUCUGAAGCUCCCCGUGUCAAUGUCUUCAUGGCAGUGCCCACUAUCUAUGCCAAGCUGAUAGAAUACUACGACCAGCAUUUCUUUCAGCCACCAGUCCAGGAUUUUGUGCGUGCCUUUUGUCAGGAGAACAUCAGGUUAAUGGUGUCAGGCUCAGCAGCUCUGCCCGUGCCUGUCCUGGAGAAGUGGAAGAGCAUCACUGGGCACACGUUGCUGGAGAGGUAUGGGAUGACUGAGAUUGGGAUGGCGCUUUCUAACCCUUUGCAUGGAGUCCGUGUCCCAGGUUCUGUGGGAACCCCUCUGCCAGGCGUGGAAGUGCGCAUUGCCACCAAGACCUUGAAAAAUGGUGCUCAUUCCUACACCAUCCACGCUCAGGGAGAUGAAGGCAGCACACAG